AUGAUGAUGGAUAUGAGUAUGUACGGAACCUACGGCAAGUCCGACACUUAUUCCAACUAUGGAUACGCUGGCGGUCACCAUCAUCACCACCACCAUAUCCAGGGCUCGGUUGGUCAUCAUUACCACCAUCUCCAUCAUCACCACGUGCCCGUGUCGCCACCACCGCAACCCGAAACGAUUAUCAACGCGGCCAACAGCAACACCACCGCCACCACCCCGACCAACGUGGCACACUAUUAUCCUCAGCCUAGCGCAUCCUAUUCGUCGACCAGCAAUAGCUCGGACACUUUUAUCGGGAUCGACACUAACACGACGCCAACGACAGCUACGACCACAAGCAACAGCAAUAGUAGUAGAACAGUCACACCACCACAGAGCUUCUACUCGGCGAGUGCUGGCUUGCACGAAGAUGGCACAGCCAUCAUCUCGUCGGAGAACGGUUUGAGUUACAUGAACCUUGACUACGUGAACGCGAUCCCGUCCUCGUCGCCCUUUGCGAGCUCACACAACAGCUGCGCUGUCGUCGACCAACAUCAGAGUUACCAUCACCACCACCAACACCCGCCACAACAACAACAACAGCAACCACAGCAGUUGCAUGUCCAGCCGCAACAGCCGUCUCCAGUUUUCAAGACCGAAGAGCAGCGCCUUCACCACCAAGUCGGAGCAAUCCAUCGCCAGGAUCACCAACAGUUACAGCAGCAACACCAGUCUAGUCAUGAUUCCAGCGAUUACCACCAGCCUAUCAACUCCGGUUACUUGCACCAACUGCAACAACAAACCGAGGAUCCUCUGCAGCAGCAACAAUACACAUCCAGUCCCAACGUCAGACAAGAGGGCUACCCGCUGCAGCAGCACUUCAAGGAGGAGAUUUCCGAUCAUGUAGUCAAUUACCAUAACAUGCAGCCGUCACUGGUCCACGGGGGCAUGCACCCGAACCACGUGAACUCACAGCACCUCCACCAUCAGCCACACCACCAUCACCUCCUCCAGGUACAAUCGUCAGCAUUACCGCCACAGCAGCAGCAACACCAACACCACCAUUCGCAGCACCAACAACAACAACAACAACCACAACAUCAACAAUCGCAGCAUCAUCACAAUCCUCAGCAGCUGCAAGUGCCGACCUACAAGUGGAUGCAAGUCAAAAGGAACGUACCCAAGCCAGCCGCUCCGAAAGUCAGCAUAUCAGAGUUCAGCGGACCGUCAGUCACGAGCGGCUACCCAAGCGCCCUGUCGAGUCCCGGUGCCGGCAGCGGUGGUGUAACCAGCAGCAUCAACAGCAUCAGCAGCGGCGGUAGCUGCUUGAGCUCGUGCAGCAGCGUGUCCCUGAGCCUCGAGGCACAUCAGGGCAUGGGCGCGGGCUUCAACAACACGGGUCGCACGAACUUCACGAACAAGCAGCUCACGGAGCUGGAAAAGGAGUUCCACUACAACAGGUACCUGACUCGGGCCCGGCGCAUCGAGAUCGCGACUUCGCUCAAGCUAAACGAGACCCAGGUGAAGAUCUGGUUCCAGAAUCGGCGCAUGAAGCAAAAGAAGCGCAUCAAGGAGGGCCUCGUGCCACCCGACGCCAGCGCCACCGCGGGACAAGCUUCCUCCCAGCAACAGCAACAGCAGAGGGCGACGCGCAGCACGAGCAGCUCGCCGACGAGCUCCGGCCUCGAUAUGCCCGUUUGUACGGCAGCCCUUCAUAGCUUCGUCGGGGAGAACAGCCGGGACUCGCCGCCGGUCGCGAGCAAUGAAUGA